AUGGCUUCGCUUCCAUCCUACCAAGACGCUGUGACCACAGACUGGGCCCGUCUUGUGGUUCCAUAUAUCGACCCAAGAGACUUUGCUGCAUUAUGCCGGGUAAACCGUCAUUUCUGGGAGAUAUUCGCCCCACGGAUAUGGGGACGUCUUCCAAGCACGACCUCAGACAGAGUUACUGACAGUGAUUCAGAAUAUGAUCUCGACUGGCUAGUUGGGUCCGUCUUGGGCCAGCUGAGCUGGACACGACCCGAAACAGCAAGUCUUGUUCGAGUAUUGGACCUUCGCUCUAUCAGGGGUACUUACUCUCUCAGCAUGAGCAAUAGCUUCAAUGCCAGGUUGAGAAAUGCUAUCAAAUACUUGCCCAAUUUGAACUGUGUUCUCAUAGAUGGCCACGUGGAGCUCGACCCUUCCGAGUUCCUACCCGAAGCUGGCCAGCAGAUCCAGUUAUUGAGUAUGGCGAAUUGUCCCCUCUCAUUACCUGCCAGGUUUAUCUCCUCUCAUCGAGGGCUGGUGUAUCUAGACCUUUCUCGCGUCCCGAGUUCUGUUCGCCCCCUUUUUCAAAUCGGAGCUCUACCAGAGCUCCGCAUACUCAAGCUACAAGGCAAGGAGGUUGAUGAUGCGAUGGUCAAGAGUUUAGCCAGUCACUUUGUCACUCGUCUCUGGAGCUUAGACUUCACGGACAACAAACUAACAGAUCAAGCCCUUGAUCAUGUAGGGGCUCACUGCUUGUGGUCAACCGAUUUACGGUCGGAUGCCAACUUCGACGUUGAGGGUAAGCUGGAAUUCGGAAGCGCAUCCCCUACUUGCGGAACCCCCAUUCGCAUCAUUGAGUCUGAGUGGAGUGGCUCCUUCACCCAUCCAAAUCGACACCUAGCAGAUGCGCCGUCAUAUGAUCUUCAUGAUACAAUGCCACAAGAAUAUAUGUACAAAAGACUGGAUGGAAGAAGCCGCAUCAAAUGUGACUCGGCAGACGCCGUGUACCGGGGUCUUCGUGGCGAAGACCCCUAUCUCCUACCAUCUAACUUCCAGUCUUCUCAAGGGUUGACGCAUCUGAACCUGUCUGCAGUUCACCUGCAACUCAAUGUUGCUUUUUCCUCCAUCAAAGGCAGUCGCCGCGGCAUGGCCGAAGAUGGUAAAACUUCACGGCUUUUAUUCCGCAUGGACCCUACGACCCUUGCUUUCAUCCAACCUCAGGGUGUUGAAAUUGCAUCAUUCUGUCGUAACUCAAAUCCCUACCCUGGAGACUGA